UCGGUCGGUAAGGAAGUACGGUAGUGAGUCAGGCAACAAAAUUCGUGUUGGAAAAGUGCAAAAAAUUGGAUCGGAUCAUUGGAUUCCUCGGUGCACUGCUAAGAAGUCAAUUAUUCGAGUCUUUUUUCCUCCGAGGGUCUGCGGCAAUAAGGAGGGGAUCGGCUGGAGGUACACUGCUAGGCGCAAGUCUGAAAGAGCUUGAAGUUGUUCGGCCAUCGGUGUUGCGACGCACCCGGCUGUCAAAAGUUGCUCCUGAAAAGAAUAGAAUCGAACCGCAGAGUGAAAAAAAAAACGGUGAAACUCGAGGAUAUUGGAGUAACAGUGAAAGUGUGAAAAUUAUAUCGGGUGGGGCGAUUGCUUUGGGAAAUUCAAUAAAUUUGUUUUGAGACAAUGUAUUGAUUUGUUGGGUGACUGUCGUCACUUCGUGAAACAAAAAGUAGCAGCAGAUUGUUGGGGACUGACUUCGAUUUCGUGGAGUUGUUGGAGGCAUUCGACAUGGAGGACGAUCUUCCAACUGAGUAUGAUGUCGUCGUCGUGGGAACUGGGAUGACUGAGUCCAUCGUGGCUGCUGCUGCCAGCAGAAUCGGGAAGAAAGUACUCCAUCUGGACAGUAACGAAUACUACGGAGGUUUGUGGGCGACCUUCAACUUCGAUGGCCUCCAGAAAUGGAUUGAAGAUCUCAAAGCAGCGAAAUCAGAGGGAGACUCCAGUGUGGAAGUGGAGGCAGGUGAAAAGUUUUUAAAAGCCAGCAAUCAAUAUUCAACAGUUGAGAAUAUCGAUGAAACGUGGUUCAUACCCAACGACGCAGAACUCCCCAGUCUGUCAACGAAAGAAUCCCAAACGGAGAGUGAAGCCGAGGAGAAAGAGAAGACAGACGAUGAGAAAUCGGAGCACAAAGACACCACGAAGCACUGGACAAUCGAUCGAAUAAAGAAGGAAUAUCGAAGAUUCAAUAUCGACCUCGCCCCAAAGCUACUGUUCGCUCGAGGUGAGCUAGUCGAGCUGCUGAUCUCCAGCAACAUCGCCCGUUACGCUGAGUUUCGCGCUGUCUCCAGAGUGGCAACCUUCAUGGAUGGAAAACUAACACAAGUACCUUGCUCUCGAGCCGACGUAUUCGCCAACAAAACUGUGAGCGUUGUGGAGAAACGAAUGCUGAUGCAACUGCUGAUGUCCUGCAUGGAGCAGGGAGCUGAGAGUCCGGAGUUCGAUGGUUAUCGUGACAAGACAUUCCUGGAGUAUCUCAACACCAAGAGCCUGACACCGAUGGUGAAGCACUACGUUAUGCAGGCGAUAGCAAUGGCUACGGACAAAACAUCCUGUCGUGACGGAGUGAUUCGCACGAAGCAUUUUCUCAACAGUCUAGGUAGAUAUGGCAACACUCCAUUCCUGUGGCCCAUGUAUGGAAGCGGUGAACUGCCACAGUGUUUCUGUCGACUGUGUGCUGUAUUCGGUGGUGUUUACUGCCUCAAACGACAGCUGGACGGAAUUGUCGUGGAUGAGGACAAGUGCAAGGCGAUUAUCAGUGGAAAACAACGACUUGCACUGGAGCAUUUGGUGGUGGGACAGGGACACCUGCCACCGGAAAUCGUGGAGUCACCUGGAGAACACAAAAUAUCACGCGGGAUCUUCAUCACAGACAGGUCGAUCAUGCAGGGAGAGAAGGAGAAUCUCACUCUUCUGUACUAUCCCCCCGAGGAGGCAGGCCAGGAACCUGUUACUCUCAUUGAACUGGGUCCAUCCACCAAUGCCUGUCCUCAGGGCCUCUUCAUGGUCCACAUGACCUGUAAGAGAACAUCGUCUGCUAAGGACGACUUGGCAUAUGUCGUGAAGAAGUUCCUCGCUGCCAAUGCACUGGAGCCCAAUGUUGUUCCCUAUCCCACUGAUGUCCAUACUCAGACUGCUCCUGAGAAGAGCCAUUUGCAGGAGGGGGAGGGAGAGGGCAAGGACAAAGAUCUGGAUCACCUCAAGCCGCAUGUUCUCUGGUCUAUGUAUCUUAAUCUGCCAGCUAGUGACAUCAAACUGAGUGACUCUGCUCCCAAGAAUGUCCACUUGUGCUCUGGACCUGAUCUAGAUCUUGAUUUCGAUUUUGCUGUUAAUCAAGCGAAGGAAAUUUUUAAGACUAUGUACCCAGAUGAAGACUUCCUUCCUCGUGCCCCCGAUCCCGAGGAAAUUGUUCUCGAGGGAGACGAAACCCCUGGUCCCAAGUUUGAGGACGUACCGGAGGCUGAGAAGGAGGCGGAAAAGGAGGAAUAAAUAGUAUCUUCGAUCUUUUAAUACGGUUAAGUGAAAAGAUGGAUGAAAAAAGCAGGUUGCUUUUUUGAGUUUUCCAAUUUGCUACACCAAAUCAACACACAGGAAACAUGAAUAAGGAAUGGCCUGCAUUCUCAAUGUCUUUACUGUUAUCAUCGUUUCACCUCAUGCAUUUUUUAGUUGAGGAUCCUAUGGUUUCGAUUUUUUUUUCGGGCGUGGAGGGAGUUUGAGAGAGAUGAAAUGUGAGUAGUAAUUGAGUUGUUUCGGUUUGGGAAGUAAUUAGCUUGCACAAAAAGCCCUCCAGCAUUAACAAGUGUCGGGAAUUAACAUUUAUUUGGAGGGAUUUGUGAAGGAAAAUUGCGUGGAGGGUGUACGAUGCAUUAUAAAAUGCUUCGAAAGGAGGAUUUAGUGCAGAUUUUCAUUUAUCGGCUCUUUUAGUAUUUUUUUAGCAACGAUCACACGCAAGGUGGAGAAUAUUUUGAAAAUAAGUCACAAAGCGUCACAAGAGUCGAUUAAUCGUGACUCGUUGAAUACAAUCCUUUUGAUAAUGAGAAAAUAAUUUUUAUUUAUCAAAAAUUCUACAAAUUUUUUUU